AUGUCUGAUCCCGGUCCAGUGAAAUCUGCGGAGAGAGUUGGCGCUGCAGCCCCGACUGCGAAGAAACCCACUGGGUUCUCAAACCCGGCACUCAGGGCAAUGGGCAUCCCGGUGAUCAAGUUGCCCUCCAGGAAUUGGAUGAUCUUCUGGUCUGUGCUCGCCGCAGGGGUUGGUGGAGUUGCCUUCGACAAGUACAAACAGAGGCGGGUCAUUGCGGAGUACACGGAUUCGGUACGUGGGAGGGCAGAGGCCCAGAUGCCAGUGGACAGACUGCCGCGGAAGGUCACCGUGUUCAUCGCGCCGCCGCCAAACGACUACUUGGAUACGUCGUUGAAACUAUGGAGACGGUACGUGAAGCCGAUUCUGUUCUACGCUGGGGUCGACUACAACGUCGUGGACGAGGACAGACAGGGCGUUAUAAGAACAUACGUCGCCAACGAGAUGCGGUCGCUGAGAAGGCAAAGGAUCGUGCAACAACAGCAAGGGUUGAACCCUGCUCAUACUGUAAUACGGAGUGAGAGUGAUAGUGAUGAUGAGGCGGGGGACCCACAUUUCAGACAUAACUUUGAUUUCAGGAAGAUCGUCGGGAUCUUCUACAAGAAACCUCCCCCCCAAGAGAUCAUCAGUGAGGAUGCACAGACUGAGGAUGCAAGACUCAGCGGUGGCGUGAUUUGUCUUGGGAGGGGUGCGUACAAAGAGUAUAUCAAUGGUCUGCAUGAGGGAUUGUUGGGACCACUGGAUCCGCCAGAACCCGCCCCAGAGACAGAGACAAACUCCACUGACCCUCCAUCGAAUAUGCCUGAGACUAAUACAGGUAACGUAAAGCCCAGCAGCGAUGGUCAGGUGUCGUUAACGGACGCUGCUGCAUCACUUCUCGACGACCUACCUGAGAAAAAUGCAGAGUCUGCACCAGAAACCCCAACGGAGACUGCACCUGAAGUCCCAGACACCAAGGUGCUGAAACCGUUCAUUUCACCAGAUGACUACGCCGCAGUGGAGACCCCGCCAGCGGAACUCCCCGAACUCGGGUCUGCCAUUAUAAGAGACCCGAAGACGCAUGUUCCGAUACUCCUACACCAAGCGGUGCUCGUCAUCCCGGUCCCAAAUCUCAUCGGCUUCCUCACAAUCCCAGAGAGGAUCUACAGAUUCUACCUGAAGAGGAGACACGCGGAGGAAGUCUGCUCAGAGGUCACACAGCUCGUGAACCAGAGUGAUGUCAGACCAUUCCAGUACCCUACAGACCUGGCGCUGGGCAAAGGUGAAGAACAAGACUGGCCCAAGAGAUGGGUCAAGCAGGGACAAGAGAGAGGAAGCGAAUGGAUCCAGGAAUUGAGGGGCGACGAAAGAAUAACCGGACUAAUGUCCGUUUACAACAAUUCUAUCGACACCUCCGAUGAAGAAUGA